AUAAACUGAUUAGAAAUAAAGUGGUUGGUUUAUAUAGCUUUAGAGGAUAAAGUUCAUCGACUACCCGUUCGCAGGGCUUCAUGGGGGAACGCCUGAACUCGGCGUGACUGGUUCAAAGUAUUACUUGAUUGCCUUUUUCAAUUUUGCCGGCGGACGCAACACCGCUUUGCCCUUUCAUGUCGUCGCUAUGGCCACCCAUGUCGCCUCAUUUUGUGUGCGACGAGCAAGACCUUUGCGAAUUGCAGCUUUGAACACUGGACAACGCACUUUGAGAACCCAACCUUUCCGUAUUCCUAGACCUUUCACUCCUCUAAAGCCAGUAUCUAUAUCCACCGCCGUCAGUUAUACAGCUUUCUCUCGCUUCACCCUUGCGUCAUUACCAUUGGCUCAUUUGGAACGAAAAUAUCAUAAACAUAAUAAUGAAAUAUCAACACCUGAAGACGUAGAGCUGCAGAAAUUAGAGCCGUCAAAACGAAGAGUCAUUCGAAUUCUCGACCGCAUUUUGGAAUGGCUCGAUAGGUGGUUUUUGGAACCUUUAUUGGUGUGCAAACGAUUUUUCCACGUUAUAUUGCUGUUUGCACCCAUUGCAAUCUGUGUACCGAUAGUUUUUAUCGGUGAAAGACACCCUGAUGAGCAAGACGAACGCUCAGGUACUCUCCUAUGGUAUGACUUGAUUAUGACUCAAAUGGAGCGCGCCGGACCAACUUUCAUUAAGCUUGGGCAAUGGGCUGCUUCCAGAACGGAUCUUUUUCCACUGGCAUUGUGUUCACGCCUGUCUAGACUGCAUUCAAGCGUCUCGCCGCACAAAUUUUCUUAUACCCGGCGUGUCAUUGAAGAUGCGUUUGGAGGGUUACCGUUGCAUGUGAUUUUUUCAGAUUUUGAGGAAAAGCCAAUUGGUGUUGGCGCUAUAGCCCAGGUGUACCGUGCAAAGAUUCGACCAGAUUUUGCCGAAAGCCAUAAGGAAGAUUUGUUCGCUAUUCAGGACAAUGUACAAUCACCAAAUAGUGUUCGAAUUCAAGACGAUGAGACGGGAGAGACUAUCAACAUACAUACAUCAGUUGCAGUCAAGGUAUUGCAUCCACGAGCUCGCAAGACUGUCACUCGCGAUCUGCAAAUCAUGAAAACGGUGGCUACUUUAUUGUCUUUCAUACCGACAGUCAAGUGGAUAUCGUUGCCAGAAGAGGUCGAUAAAUUCGGUGAGAUGAUGCAAGAGCAACUAGAUUUGCGAAAUGAAGGACGUAAUCUGAAAAAGUUUAACGAGCUUUAUGAGAAUAACCUUACCGUCAUGUUUCCUCGACCUAUGAUGCGGUUCACCACCAAAAACAUGCUGAUAGAAGAGUUUGCAAGCGGCAUACCUAUAUCAGUCUUUCUUGACGAAGCUCGAGAAUCCCAAUCCAAAAAUGAACCAAGUGCAGUUUUUGACCACAAGAUAGCUGAUAUUGGUUUGGAUGCAUUCCUCCAUAUGCUGAUUUUUUACAACUUCAUUCACGCCGAUCUGCACCCUGGAAACAUCAUGGUCAAGUUCUACAAACCAUCAGCCUAUCAUAAGUUCCAGCAAAUAUGGUCCAAGAUAAUGGGUAGAGAGUUGAAGGACGAUGGCGAUAUUGCCCUUGAGCGAAUAGAAGCUGUCUGUCACGAUCACAAACUGAUGAGGGAGGAACUUGCAAAGUUGAAAGACGAAGGCUACUCUCCCUGUUUGAUUUUCCUCGACACCGGUUUAGUCACAGAGUUAAACGAAGUCAACCGCCGCAACUUCUUAGACUUAUUUAGAGCCAUCGCCGAAUUUGAUGGAUAUAGAACUGGCCAGCUCAUGGUUCAACGCUGCCGCACUCCAGAGAUGGUCAUCGAACCUGAAGUUUUUGCACUGAAAAUGCAGCAUAUCAUCCUCGAUAUCAAGCAGCGCACUUUCCAAUUGGGACAAGUCAAAGUCGCCAACUUGUUACACACCGUCAUGAAUAUGGUCCGAGAUCACCAUGUUAAGCUGGAAGGAGACUUUGUCAAUGUGGUAGUGAGUAUCUUGUUGCUAGAAGGUAUCGGACGUCAACUCGAUCCCAAUCUGGAUCUUUUGAAGAGUGCCAUACCAGUUUUGCGUGACUUCAGUAUCAAGGAUGGCGCUAAAGGAGCUCUUGAACGUAUCAAGAGUGUUGAGGAUAUCAAGGGCGCUACGCCCUGGCUGAAGGUCUGGUUCUGGAUAGAGGCUCGCGAGUGGCUCGCGACCAACACGAGAGAAAACGAAUGGCUAACUAUGUGUGAUAUAUGCUGUCCCCCUAAUUCAUAAGCAACAAUGCAUGUUGUAUAUGGAUAACCCCGCUAAUUGAAAACACAAUAUAAUAAUAUCCUUUGCUAAUACAACCCUUGCUCAUUGGAGUAUGCCAGCCAGCGUUAGGCAACGUGUGAAUUGACAAUGAGCUACAGACCAUAGUGAGCCCUUAGGUGAGGAGAUGGAAUGCACAGGCGUAAAACGCAUGCCGGCAAGUGGAGCAUAAGCGUCAGUAGAUCUUUCGAUCAGGUAUUGAUUAUGUGAAGUACG